CUUUUCUUUUAGUACAAAGCUUUACUCGACCGACUUCCUCCAUCCAACAUUUUAUAUAGAUGGAAUUAUAUUGAAAAAUGCAGAGUAUUGAGAGCUCAAUGGCGGACGUUUAACUGGAAGUUUACUACUGUACGAUGGUUACCUGAGCAUCCUUUUUAAUGUUUCUACUCUCCAUACUGGUAGAUAUCAUCUAAUCUAUGCUGUGCCACAAUUGCAGAUUACUUCAAGUCAGGCAUUGAACAGGAAGAUUCUCGUCACUUCUGCUGCGUGAAAUGUUCUAUAUUUGUUCAAGACAGAGAUGCGAUCGCUACGGCAUGAAAUUUGCAAUUUAAAAGUUAGUGAAGCUUAGACCCUUUGAAGUGAAAUUAUCUCCUGAUAAUACUGAAGAAAGCAACGAAAGAAUGGCUUUCAAUCCAAGGCAUUAUAGGCCACCACAAGCAAAAAACACUCCUUUUGUACAACAGUGGAAUCAACCACAGCUAGUUCAGACGGGAUAUGUGGAGCCUUUUCAGCCUGGUUAUACAACAAAACCUCAUCCAUCAAGGCCUGAUAAUGUCAAAUCAAAUCAGCCGGUUUAUAACCAAUACGAUGCAUUCCAGUCAGGAUAUGUCCAAUCAUUUCCGCCGUCUCCUGGAUGUGUCCAGCCAACUCAUGCUAGCGAACAUACAGCUCUAUCAAUUGGACCUGGACGUAAGCACUUACACAUACAGAAUAUUCAAAGGGGAAAAAUUUCAGAGUUAAAUGAAGGCUAUGGUUUCCUUUCUUCAACCAGCAUCAAGGAUGAAGCCCAGUCCCAAAGUAUCUAUUUUAAAUUCAACAAUGAUUCAAACACAGAAAUAGGUCUGAUUGAUCUUCAGGUUGGAGAUAUUUUGGAAUUUAACUUGAACUCUAGCUCGGAGAGACAAUGGGCUACAAAUGCACGACUUCUGAAAUGCAGCCAGAGAAGCCCUGAAGUUCUAACAAUUUAUAUGAAUAAACUUUUGCAAGAGAAUCCUGGAAAGGUGUUACGAGAAGUCACAAAAAUACCAGCAGGACUUAUUCUAGUUUUGGAGACCAAGAGACAGUCACUCAAUCUCAUUUCUUUGGUACUAAAGCUGGCAAACCGUGUGUCUACUCAUGAAGCAGCAUCAUUGUAUAAGGCAAGAUUAAAGCAGUUCUACAAGCUAUUCUGUGGAACCGCAUUUCUGAGAGAUCCUGAUGGUUUACAUGGCUAUAUAUCAGAAAUAUGCAUCUGUGAUAAUAAAGACGAAGAAGAAAAUGGAAGACUGCUGUUCAAGCAAUUUUGUUUUCAGCUCACAGAAUACUGCAAGGACCUUGUUGCUGAUCUCUUAGCGGUACUUAGAGUUAUAGUUAAAUCCAGGAAGGAAGAUAAUGCUCCAUCCACUUCUCAAUUUCUCCUGGAAAUGUUUUCAGUGCUCACAGGUGGUGCAGUUGAUUAUUCACAGGAAUUUUAUUGGACUAGAGUCCCCUUACAUCCACUAGAUUCAGAAAUAAAUAAUACCAUUGAAAUGGACAAAUCUAGAAAGAUGUCAUCUCUUAAACUUCUUCCUUGUGUCAUAAAGAAGGGAAGCUAUGGAUCCACUGAAGUCUAUCUGGACACAUAUUUUCGGCUUUUAACAGAGGAUUGCUUUGCAAAACUCAAAAGUGGCAUCUCUGCCUUGAAGUCUAAUCAAUUGGAUCCGAGAGACAUGAGAGUUUGGAUUGAAGGGUCUGUUCUUGGUAUCCACUUUGGCACAGGUUAUUCAGGCAUAUCAGUUGCCAUAAAGACUGAGAAGCGAGGCAGAAAAGUUCAUAGUCGGAGUGAUAUGCCUAUGACAGGAAACCUAUUAUGCAUAUCUGAUGAUGGAGGAAAUUUUGAAUCUCCUAUUUGGGGAAUUGUUACAGGCUGUGAGGAGGAGAAUAACAAGGUCAUCAUUUUUACAGAGAUUUUGGAUGAAGGAGAUGAAGUGGGAGUCCAAUCAAUUAGCCGAUUAUUAGGGGCAUCAAAUAUAGUCCUAGCAGAAAGCCCAACAUAUUACAAAGCCUACCAACCAGUUCUUAAAUCUCUACAACAGAUGGACCUGGAGAAGCUUCCAUUCAAGGAUGAGCUGGUUGAUGCAGCUUGGCCAAAUAAGGCCCCAGAUUAUCUCAACUCAUCAACGACAUUGAAUUGGAGCUGCUUGUUUGAUGAUAAAAGUUUGAGAAGAAACUUCUUUGAAUUGGACGAUUCACAUGAUUCAAAUCUCGGCAGUGACAUGAUUGCUAGCAAAUACAUAACAGCUCAAAAGAAUACCAUCUUUGGUGUGCAUGGUUGUGACUUUGGAUGCAAAACAAGUCUGACACGCAAUAUAUCUGAAUUGAAUACUUUGCUUUCUUCUGGAUACAAACCAAUCCUUGAUCAGAGUCAGUUAGGGGCGGUGAAUCUUGCUUUAAACAACCGCUUAGUUUUAAUCCAAGGACCGCCAGGAACAGGUAAAACUUAUGUUGGAGUGAGGAUUUUGGAGCUUUUAUUAACUGCAAAUUCCUUGCCUUCGGGUCCUGUUGUGGUCAUUACUUACAAAAACCACAGCCUGGACCAAUUCCUUAUAUCUUGCUUGAGGUUUUGUGGGAAUAAAAAAACAGAUGACUUAGUGAGAUUAGGAGGGAGAACUACCGAUCCAUUGCUGGAUAAGUAUAAUAUGAGCAUACAUCUGAAUGAGGGGAAUAUAUUCAAUUCAGACUGUAAGCACAACAAGUCAAAAUUGAAUGUAGUCAGGUCAGAGAUGGAAAAUCUUUCACAAGAAUUGAAGGAAAGCAAUGUUUUCCACAUGAAAGCAAUACUCCACCGUAUGCCUGACAAACAACUAAGGCAGCUACCUAAUACAAGAUACAAUAUAAACCUCGUCCGUCAAGUUCCGGUAGAAGUGCCUAUCAUGGAUUACAUUGAAAAUCAGAAGGGUGAAUCAAGACAUUUGCUGGCUCAGAUAUUUCAAGCUCUUUCACAGAGUCUCAUGUGGUGGAUGCCUUCAAGGGAAACAUUUGAACUUGUAAAAGAAAUUUUAUCUAUGGAGAAACAACCCCAAAAUUUUGAAAUGGCAUAUGAUAUUAAUAUAGAUGGGGAAAAUACAGUUGAAAAUCUUGAAGACAUCGAGGAUGAAAAUGAAGAAAAGGCUGAGUUGGGAAUAUGCAUGGCUGAAACGAGAGGAGGAAGGAAGCAAUGGCUUGAAGAAAAUUUUCUUCGUUUCACAACUGAUGACAAUUCCAACCCUUUUGGUGGUGUAAAACGAUUAAAUAAUGUUGACUUAAAGGAGUAUGGAUGGGUAAUGCACGAGAAUCCAUGGCAUUUAAAAGCGUCACAUCGUGCCAUAAUGAUUUAUCUGAUCCUGCAAUUGAAUCAUGAAGAGGUGUUAAGAAGAUUUGGAGAUGCAAAGAAACAAUAUGAUGAGCUAGUUGAAGACAUGAAGGAGAUUACCAAGCGGAGGCAACUGGAUGUCUUGAUGAAUGCAAAGAUUGUUGGUAUGACAACUACUGGUGCAGCCAUGCAUCAAGAUAUCUUAAAGAUGCUAGCCCCGCCUAUUAUCAUGGUUGAGGAAGCAGCAGAGGUUUUGGAGCCUCAACUCUUAGCGGCAAUUGGACCAAGCCUGCAACAUUUAAUUUUGAUUGGUGAUCAUUAUCAAUUACCUCCUCCAGUAGAGAGUUACAAACUGAAGUUACGGCACGGCUUAGGAGUUUCAAUGUUUGAGAGGCUUAUUGAGUACAACAAAUUGCCACAUCAAACUCUAUCUGUUCAAAGUAGAAUGCAUGAAGAGCUUUUGCCAUUGAUUUUGCCUAUAUAUCCUGAUCUUCAAUCUAAUGUUAAACUUGUUUCCGGUGAGAGGAAUAAAGAACCAAAGUGUAUGUUGAAACGAAUGCAUUUCUGGUGUCAUGCAUACAAAGAGAACCGAGAACGUAGUUUUCAAAAUGAAUGGGAAGCAAAAAUGGUGAUUGCUCUUGCACAAUGGAUGGUGGCCGAAGGUCAUGCACCUACGGAGAUUACUAUACUAGCAGCAUACAAUGGACAGGUCUCGUUACUGCGGGAAAAAAUAGCAGGAGUUCCAAGCAUUCAGACAAUACAGAUUCAUACAAUUGAUAGAUUCCAGGGGUCUGAAAAUCAAAUAAUUAUAGUGUCUCUCGUUCGCUCCAACAUGGAAGGAAGGAUUGGGCACUUAGCAGAGCGUAACAGGUUGUGUGUUUCUGUUUCUAGAGCACGCAGUGGACUGUAUUUAUGUGGAAAUGACGUUACACUAGCCAAAUCAGAUGAUUGGAAGAUUCUGCUUAAUCAUUUCAAGGAGCAAGAAUGCAUUGGUAACUUGAUAUAUUUAUGUUGUCCACGGCAUCCUCACAAUCCGCCAUUAACAGUAGACAGUCAAGAAGUUGACUCAUUCAAUAUUUCUUUGUGUAAAGUACCAUGCAGUGUUCCACUUGCCUGUGGACAUAAGUGUCAAAGCUCUUGUCAUCAUGGAAUCCAUCCCAGCUGCAGUGAAAAAGUAGAACUUGUACUCAAAAGUUGUGGUCAUCAGAUCACAAAGAAGUGCUCUGAAGAUGAGGAAACUCUUCAAUGUCAGCAAGAGAUAACCUUCAAGUUUCCUGAGUGUCCGCACAUCAAGUUGUGUAAGUGCUGGGAGAAGAAAACAAGGCUGAAGUGUGAGGAAAUAUGUGGUAGGUUGCGGAAGUGUGGGCAUCAGUGCACCUUAAUGUGUUCUCAAAAGUGUGAACAGCAUGAGUGUGGUGAUUGCCGAGAAAUCGCCAAAGUUCAAGCAGAUAUAGAAAAAAACCAGGCAAUAUUGCAAAUUAAACUGAAAAAGGAAGAACUAGAAGCAGAAAUCAGGAGAUUGAAAAUGCAAAAGAAUCAAACAUUGAUUUGCAAAGAACUGAGUGAGGAAGGAGAUACUGCAGCAGAAUACUUACAGGUCAUGGACCGGACAGAAAGAUUUAUUCAACCGAGCCAUGGAAUUUGUCCAAUAGUAACAAAGAUUGAAAAGAUAUCAAACUUAGAAAUGGAAAUUAAAUUUCUUGAAUCCCAAAAAGAUCUUUUCAAUCCAAAUGGGCCCAGGCAGCUUUUGUUUCAUGGAACCGAUGAUGCUGCUAUAAAGAGUAUCAUAAGCAAAGGAUUCAAAUUACCACCAAAAGGAAAUGAUAAUAUGUUUGGGCGAGGCUGCUAUUUUGCAACUGACUCAACAAAAAGUGCACAGAAGAUGUACACUAAGGGCAGCAAUAAGCUUCUGCUCUGUGAAGUAAAUCUUGGGAAUACAUGGACGGUGCAAGAACCAUGUAAGGACAUGGAUCUGGAUAAAAUCAAGGAAAAAAGAUAUGAUUCUCUAUUUUCAAAAAGAAAAGGCAAUGCCACUGGAGGGACUUUGUAUGAUGAGUUCGUUAUCUAUGAUGUGAGUCAAGCAAUAGUUAGAUAUAUAGUCCAUUACAGAACAAUAGGCCUUGAUUCAGGGUCACUGAAUCCUCAGACACUGCAGUCUCAGCAACAGAACCUUGUCCGCAUUCCCUAUGAGCUGUCAACAAGCUUCACAGGAUAUAAUGAUUCAGAAUGUCAUUUCCGGUUGGCAGAGUCCCAAUUUUUCAGAAUGUCUAAAAGGAGUGAAUACAAGGUAGUAAAGGUGGAGCUUAUCCUGAACAUAGCAUUAACUAAAAGCUAUGAGAAGGCCAAGCAAAAAUUCAUAGAAGCUAAAAAGCCACUGGAGGAGAUGCUUGUAUUCCAUGGCACUGAUAGGAAUGCAAUUGAGAAAAUUGUGGAGGAAGGAUUCAAGAUAGGAGGAGAUGGGAUACCUGUGAGAAAUGGCCGUGCAUAUGGCUCAGGUGUAUACACCGCAUCAGAUGCUUCCAUCUCAAUACCAUAUGCCAAGGGACUCAACAUGCUGCUUCUUUCUCUUGCACUUAUUGGGAAGGAAGGGUCUGACUACAAAACAGGUGGCAGUCAGAAUAUUUUUGUUCUUGAUAAGACUGAGUAUCUCCUUCCUAAAUAUAUUGUUCAUUUUGAAACGAAAUAGCAAUUUCUCUAAAGAGCUGGGGCUGCUUAUAAUCCCAGUUAGGUUGUAUACAUUAAUUAUGAAAUUUUCGUAAUGCUAUAUGAUGUUGAACAAAUGAGAAAAAAUACAUGAAAAUCUCCGUUUUGAA